GGAUUUCGUUACGUCAUUUCUGUUCCCGCCCUGAAGUGACCUUCAGACAGUAAACACGGCUGGAUGACACAACCACAGCCAGGGCUCCGUUCCGCUCCUGCCGAACCGCGACUCUGAGCCCUCCAUCGAUCUCUUACUUAGCUCUUAGAAAUUCGGCCGCGGUGAUAGGCCGACUGGUCGUCACAUCGCCCGUGAUCGGAGAGUCAUAGGCCAUGGAUCGUCGCCAGCAGGACGUGCUUCUGCGCCUGGCGGCCACCCCGUCAAGAGCCCUUCCCCUGGAGGCCAAGGUGGAGAAGUGCCGCGCCAUGCGCGAGCUGCGGGCGUGCGGGCGAGCGGUGCAGCACUGCCUGCUGCCGUGCCACCACGCCUGCCUCUGCGGGGAAUGCGCCCAGCGCUGCUCCGCCUGCCCCGUCUGCCGCUGCCUCAUCGGCGCCCCCGCAACCGCGGCAGCAGCAGCAGGGGGAGGGGGAUCGGCAGCAGCAGCAGGGGGAGGGGGAUCGGCAGCAGCAGCAGCAGAGGAAGGGGGUUUUGCGCGGCAAUCCGGGGAGCGCAUUCAGAUUAGGCUGUAUGACGCGUGCGUGGAUGCGGGACUAGUGAGCCCUCUUAAAGACGUGGUUAAGGAGGGGGGGUGGGGAGCAGCGGCAGGGGGAGGGGGAGGGGGAGGGGGAGGAACAGGAGGGGUGAUUGGGGGGUUGGGGCAGGACGCGCAGGGGUUUCCCAUGGACGUGCGGCGGCUCUUUGCGCUGUUUGACAUUGCUCUGGACCGCGGCUUGGUCACGCUCAUCUGCCACUACGUGGAGGAGGUCUGCAUGGACGAGGCAGCAGUGUCCAGCGACCCGGUGCUCUCUCUCCUGCUGGACCCCAAGCUCGUGCUGGAGUGGGUUAAGCGAACCUUUGCAGGAAUCAAGAGGACGCUCAGGGACCUCUACGCCACCGGUAUCACCGAUCGAAGGAUGGACGACGUCACCUGCCUGGCCAUGCGCCUUCAGGGGCUUUCUCAGGUGCUGGCAACACUGCAGGGGCCUGGGGACUCCCUGGCGGCGCAGCAGCAGGCGCAGAUGCAGCAAGGCGGGGAGGAGGGGGGGCAGAAGGGGCAUGCGUGGGAGGCCCAGAGGCUUGCAGAAGCGGUUCUAAGAGCAUACCUGCACCUGGAGGUGAUGCAGUGGGCGGCUAAGAACCGCUUCUUCGAGGGCUUGCCUCCCCGCCACUCGUCCAACGCCACGUGGCGCGCCGCGGUUCGCCAGAGGAAGCAGGCUGCUAACGAGACUGCCUGGCCGGAGUUCCUUGGCGUUUCUGCUGCCUCCGGUGCUGCUGGCUCGGUGCUUGGGAUGGGGGGAAGUGGAGGGGGAGGGGGAGGGGCAAAGGUGCAGCAGCAGCAGCAGCAGCAGCAGCAGGGUGCGAGGUUGUUCAUCGAGGAAGCAAUAGAUAGCUUACGGAGCAGCAGUGGAGAUGGUAGUCUGGUGGAGAACUCGGAUGGGUGGAUGGAGUCAGGCUCGGACCAGCAGCCGGCUCUGCUGACUGCAGACCAGCUCGACCUGCUCCCGCUCAAGCAGCCUCUACCCAGCGCGCCACCUGCUUCCGGGAAGUUUCUGCUCCAGGGAGGGAGCUGCCCUGGUGUAGGGGGAGCAGCAGGGGCAGCAGCAACGGGGUUUCAAUACCCGCCCGAGAAUUUCCGGGCAGCGGUUGAUUAUUUGUUCCUGGAGGCGGGAGCCGACCUCGCACUGGCUAAGAAAGCAAUUCUGCUCUACUACCUGAUUGAUCGCUUCGACCAGCAUGGGGAAGGGGAGAGAGGGAGCCAGCAGCAGCGGUGGCGGGAAAUGGUGGACGACUUUGGCGCCUGCCUGGACGUGGCAGCUCGGCAUGUGGUGGAGACGAUGGUGCUGGUGAUGCUGGAUGAAUGCACGGAGGAGGGGUUAGAGGAUGCUUGCUCCCUAAUACCUCAUCUGAUAUCCCUCUCUUCUCCCUCAUCCUCCUCAUCCUCCUCCUCCUCCUCCUCCUCCUCCUCCUCCUCCUCCCCACCGAUCCAUCCUAGAAUCGCUCGAGUCCUCAUCGAACGAGGCAAGCCCGAGCCUGCCCUCCAGAUCCUCCGAGCCUGCAGCCCAGGCCCGGCAAUCUUCCAAGCCUACAGCAGCCCAGGCUCGGCAACCCCCACUUUCCCGGACCUGAGCGUGCCACUAGAGGAAGCGGUUACUGCGCUUCGUGUGCUUAUAGAGAAUCGGCUCUUAACAGAGGCGUUCCUGUACCUUCGAGCCUACUGCAAGCACCUAUGUCUCGACAAUUCCUCCUCUUCCCCUCACACUAUUGGAGCUGAUGCUUAUGGUAGUGAUACUGCUGCUGAUGGUGCUGAUGGUGAUACUGGUGACAGUGUUACUAACGAAGCUGCUGAUGGUGCUUAUACGGCAGCAGUGGAUGUGCUUGUAUCGGAGCUCUUCUGGCUAGCAGUGAGGCACCAGGCAGUGCCAGAGGUGCUGACUUUCCCCUGGAGAGGAUUGGAGGUGGCUGCCUUGCACCGCUGCUUGCUGUCUCGCACUGCUCAGCAGCCAGAGGGCGCGUGUGGCACGCUGCUCGUGCUAUUCUACGUCGAGAGGUCUCGUUACAAGGCAGCACUGGCAGCACACAAGCAAGUGUGGGCUGUGGAAGCAGCAGCAGAGGUAGAGCAGGAUGCUGAAGAGGCUAAUAACGAGGAUGAGGAGAGACCACAGGAGGACGAGGAGGAGGAGGAGGAGGGAGAGGAGGAAGGAGGAAGUCCUAUGGACGCCACUGGUGCUGCUGGUGGUGCUGGUGGUGCUGCUGGUGGUGCAAGACGGUCAAGAAAGAGGAGGAGGGGAGGAAAGGGAGUGACGGUGCAGCUGCGGGAGAAGAGGAUAAGGCUGCUGGAGUCUGUGCUCCAGCUGAUCGCUCCGUCCGAGCGCCGACAGAUUAUUCAAGCGCACGGUGGACCUUCCUCCUUCCCAACCGAAACUGUCACCACCACCACCACCACCGCCCCCACCGCCCCCACUGUCACCACUGCAAGGGAGGCAUCAGCCAGGUCAGGCACCAGACCUCUCUCAGCAUUCCAGUCGCCGCCCACCAAGGUCUCGUCUCCCAAGGCUGCUCCCUCUCCUCACUUCGGCUCUCCAAUUCUUGGUGGCGCCUCAUCCUUCCCCAGCUCUCCCCUUUCGUUCCCCAAAGCCGCAAGCAAACCACAGCCACAGCAGCAGCAGCAGCAGCAGCAGCAACCACAGUCACUGUUCUCCUUCCCACCCGCUCCGCAAUCUCCCCCUCCUUUCGCUUCAGCUGCUUUCGCCCCAUCCGCUUCCACUGCUCCCAGCCAAUCAGAGCUCCCGCUCCAGCGCAAACUUUUCGGAUCCGGGCAGUUUGGGCAGCAAGUGCCCAUAGGGGGAACAGCCCCAGUACCCCUGGAAAGGGCGACAACAGCGCCAGUACCCCUGGGAAAUGCCCAAGUGUUGCAUCAGAACCCCCUGUUCGGCAUGCGGGUGUCCCAGGACGGGUCAGAGCCAGAUACCACACAGGAGGGGGCAAGGGGAGGGACAGGGGGAGGGAUGAGUGGUGCUGGUGACCAUGGGCUGAAUGCUGCUGCUUCUGGCUCUGCUGCUGGCGCUGCUGCUUCUGGUUCUGCUGCUGCUGCUGCUGCUGGUGCUGCUGGUGCUGCUUCUGGUGCUGGUGCUGCUGGUGGUGGUUUUGCUCCUGCUGCUGCUGCUGCUGGUGCUGCUGCUGCUUCAGGGUCACUAGCUCUCCCAUUGUUUGGAUCAGGAAGCAGUUUGUUCGGAGGGGGGGGCAACCAAUCAGGGAGCAAGCUGUUCGGAGGAGGAGGCAGUCAACCAGAGAGCGGACUGUUCGGAGCAGGGGGCGGGGUAUCUUCCUUCGGAAAACCCAAGGGCGUGGGGCAUUUUGCCAGUGGCACCAGCAGCAGCAACGACCCUGCUGCGGCUUUCAAGGGCUCGGUUGGUGUGUUCAGGGCCUUUCCCGAUUCCAAGGCAGCAGCGACAGGGGCAGCUUCAGGCCAAGCUGCAUUCGCACCUAAACAGCCAUCAGCAUCGAGCGUUUUCCCAUCGGCGGCACCCCCAUUCGCAUCAGCGCCAGCAUUCGGAUCAUCAGCACCAGCGUUUGCAUCAUCAGCACCAGGGUUUGCCUCAUCAGCACCAGCGUUUGCAUCAUCAGCACCAGCGUUUGCAUCAUCAGCACCAGCGUUUGCAUCAUCAGCACCAGCGUUUGCAUCAUCAGCACCAGCGUUUGCAUCAUCAGCGCCAGCAUUCUCCUUGGCUUCGGCAAAUACCUCCAGCCCUUUCUCCCAGCCUUAAUUUUCCUCCGCUAAGCGCCCACGCUCCUCCUCUGCUGCUACAGUUGCAGCAGCAGCACCAGCGUUCGCAUCAGCACCAGCGUUCGCAGCUGCACCGCCAUUCUCCUUCGCCUCUGCAACCUCCUCCAGCCCUUUCUCCCGGCCAUCAUUUGCCUCUGCAAAGGGCCCAGGCUCCUCCUCUGUUGCUACAGCUGCUGCUACAACUGCAGCACCAGCACUAGCACCAGCACCAGCACCAGCACCAGCAGGACAGCCGUCCCACUUCCCCUCCCCUCCAUCCUCAAUGUUCAACUUUUCAAACCCUAUGGGGACUGCCGGUUUGCCAACCUUUUCAGAAGUAACUGGCAGCCAUCGGGAGCAGCAUCAAACCCUUUUCAGAAGUAACUGACAGUCGCUGGAGUCAGGUUCACAUUGCAACCAUGUGUGUGCAGUGCACUACGUAUGCUUUGUCCGAAUUCCGUACAUUGUAUGAGCUAGUUUCCUACACUGUAGGGGCUUGUGACUUGGGUACAAACAAGCCUCCAGUACGAACUUCUAGAGCGGUAAAUAAACCUUUUGGUAGGUUGCAGGCGAUCUGAACUGCGGUACAGAGUGGUGUGGUACGAACUUUUCGACAAAAUUAAGUCAUAUGCCCUUAGACUUGUAGUACCCGUUUGUUCAAUCUGGACGCUAGAUUAGAAUUAGCGCGGGUAUGGUUCGACUUUAUCAUACAG